GACUUCAUCACGUAGGGCUGUUGAAGAGCUCUCCGACGAGCCUUCACACGUCCCGAACGGAGCACCGAGCGCAUAGUUAUGCGCAUUUUUCUGUUUCUGCUACUCGGAUUCGUGCGAAUCCGUGAAGCGACAUAGUAGCUACCGGGGCUAUUCUAGAAAGCUCCGGUUUUCGCCGCCCGGCCAUGGCUGAUGGGUUCCAUAUCAUAUAUGGGACCAUAAGCCCCGUAGGGGCUGGAGGCCAUCCGCGCCGUCGGAUUUGCCAUCCGGUGCCCGGAUUGGGAGAUAUGGGCGCCUAGGAUGAUGGUCCCUGACAGGGUGCCACUUGGCACCUUGCAGGGCUAGUUUUGAGCCUAGGUGGCGCUUGCCCCACAAGGCAUUCUGUGACAUUGGGUAGGGAUUGCUCGAGUAGGGAACUCUUGCUAGGGUAGGAAAUGUCUUGCUGAUGAUGCCUUCACGGGCGAAAUCGAUACGAGACGGCUUCUACCUUCACUUGAGCGCAGCAGCAGUUCCUUCAGCAGCCGUUUUACGGGACUCCGGCGUGGCAGCAGCCACAGCACCGCCCGGGCCCAGUGUUUCCACAGGACCAUCUGCCGCAGCAGCCCCAGGGGCAGCAGCAGACGGGGCAGCAGCAGCAGCAGCAGACGGGCCAGUAGAGGCAGACACAGGGGACGGGGUUGGUAGCCGAGGGAGGCACAGACCACGUAGGAGGCUAGAGGAGUCGGACAGGGAGCGUCUGCUUCGACGGUUUGCCAGGCGCAGUGUGCAAGAGGUCGCGGACAAGCUAACUAACGUGGCUGUCCACAACCUCUCGCGCAGGCGUCUGACAGAGGAUGAGCUUACAGGCCUUGCUCUUGGCCUUAAGUUCAUCCCUACGCCCCCUCCUCUUGACCGAGGGCGGCUGAGUCAGGCUGUGGAGCAGUAUCAGCGGCGGGUUAGGCUAGCGUGGCAGUUUCGGGACAGCCGCAGACCGGUGCCUAGGUUUCGGGUCCCACGACCUAGUUGGCAGCCGGACCCGGGGCCACCAGAGGUCGAGGAGUAUCUUGCUGAGGUAGCUGACAGGGUGGAGGGGCUGGCGGGUCUUAUAGGAGGGCCCGCUCGGCCCAACAUCAGCAGCCGCGUUAGGGGUGCACUCCUGGGGUUGAGUCGUGACCGGUCUGUUGUCAUCAAACCGGCGGACAAAAACCUUGGGAUCGUGGUACUGGAUAGGGACUGGUACGAGGGGGAGGCGCUGAGGCAGUUGGGGGACAGGGCAGUCUACGAGCCGGUUGCUGCGGUGCCGCUACGUUCCCUUUGGCAGCAGCUGUGUAGGUGGGCAGAGCAGGCGCGUUACGCAGGGGUUCCGCCACAGGUGCUGGACUACAUCUUGCAGCCGCGUACUCCGCCGACGGGGGUGUCUGCCGGGGUCUGGGAGCAGUUUCGGGUGUGCAGAUUUUACCUACUACCGAAACUGCACAAGACCCCGGUGGCUGGCAGACCCAUCUGCUCGUCUACGCUUUGGGUCUUUGAGCACGCGUCGGCGGUUCUUGAUCACCACCUCCGCCCCCUCCUACAGUUCUCACCCGCACACCUUCCUGACUCGCUCGCACUUCUUCACCAGCUUCAGGACCUCUCUGUGCCUGCUGACGCUCUCUUCCUCACUUACGACGUAGAGAGCCUCUACCCGUCGAUUCCUAUCGACGCAGGUAUCAGCUGCAUAGAGAGGUGGUUGUUUCGGCUGGUAGGGUUGGGUAGGGUGGCGGUGCGGGUAGCAGACGCGUUGGUGCAGCUGUUGGGGUUAGUCAUGAGACAGAACCACCUCGAGUUUGGUGGUCGCUUCUGGCGACAGGUUCGGGGUACUGCCAUGGGCACGCCUGUGGCGGUGAUCUACGCGGUUCUGUUCAUGGCUUGGUUAGACGAGAGGCUGUUAGAGACCGAGCCAGAGUUGUCGCAGUUCGUCCUUCUCCACCGCAGGUUUAUAGACGACGGGGUGGUUAUUUGGACGGGUACACGUGAGCGGCUCCUGGACUGGGUGCGGGCUUUCGGUGGGUUGGAGCAGACUAUUCGGUUGACCCACGAGAUCUCGACCUCACACUUUACCUUGCUGGACAUUACGUUCAGCAAGGGGGAGCUUUGGCAGAGGACGGCUGUUCUGGACACUAGUACUUUCCAGAAGCCGCUUAACGUGUACCAGUACUUUCCUUUCUCCUCCGCGCACCCCUCUCACUGCAAGAGGGGCUUUAUUUUGGGAGAGUUGCAGCGGUACAUCCUGCGGGAGUCCAGCUUUAGGGGUUACUUGGGCAUCAGGGCAGCCUUUUACUCUCGGCUUCGGGCCAGAGGCUACCCUGAUGCCUUCUUGCAGCCGAUAUUCAGCAGCAUCUCCUACGCACGACGCCCGGAGCUGCUAGCCAGGUCACGGGCUCGGGUGGAGCGGGAGCAGGAGGAGCAGCGGGUUCUCCCUCUCGUUCUCGACUUUCACCCUAGUGUGCAGCAGGUUCGCUGGGGCGCGCUGCUGGAGUUUCCCACAGGUGCACCGGCUUUCGAGCAGCUGUCUCACUACAGGGCACCCUUCGUGUCCUACAGGGCACCGCCGUCACUGCGUCGCGUUCUGGUUCGAGCGGCGUUCAGGUGACUGUGUCGCGUGUCGCCUUCAGCCGUCACCCUAGAGUUCAGCACCGGUCUUUCGUUGGUAGUGGCUCCAGGGUUGGUCCUCUGCCGUCUCCCCGCCCUUCCUCCUUGAUUCGCUACACAGGUUGGGCCCUGGAGGCAGCACUCUCUUUCACUGGCUGCAGUGUGUUCCUUUGAGUUGGGCCUUUGCAGCAGCACCGUCCCCCGUCCGGUCUCUUUGUUUGCGCUACACAGACCGGGCCUUGGGACGCACACCAGCCCCCCGCCUGGCCUCCUUGAUUCCUUUUACACAGGCCAGGCCCUGGGGCGGUGCGAGCGCCCCCGGCUGCUCUUUCCUUAUUCUUGGGGGUUUAGCACUGGGAUAUGCACUUGCACACUUGUACCACUCCCCAUCCCAGACCUUUAUGAGUACUUGGGAUGCCUACCUCUUCUUUGCACGGGGUCUUGGGGUUUGGAUCCAUGCGCAUCUUGUAUAUUCCCCGCUCCUGGCCAUAUGAGCACAGGAGCGCCUUCCUCCUCUUGCAUAUCAUUGGGGGGGGUUUGCAUUUAGGGGCCUUGAUGCACGUGGCACUUGUACUCGACACGCCCCCGACCUUUAUGAGUUCGAGGGGGCACUGCACAUAGUGGGCAGUCAGACCUCGAGCGGGUUCUUGGGGCCCUGAGGUCGGGUACUAGUCGGGCUCUGUUCCGUGAUGACUUCAUCACGUAGGGCUGUUGAAGAGCUCUCCGACGAGCCUUCACACGUCCCGAACGGAGCACCGAGCGCAUAGUUAUGCGCAUUUUUCUGUUUCUGCUACUCGGAUUCGUGCGAAUCCGUGAAGCGACAUAGUAGCUACCGGGGCUAUUCUAGAAAGCUCCGGUUUUCGCCGCCCGGCCAUGGCUGAUGGGUUCCAUAUCAUAUAUGGGACCAUAAGCCCCGUAGGGGCUGGAGGCCAUCCGCGCCGUCGGAUUUGCCAUCCGGUGCCCGGAUUGGGAGAUAUGGGCGCCUAGGAUGAUGGUCCCUGACAGGGUGCCACUUGGCACCUUGCAGGGCUAGUUUUGAGCCUAGGUGGCGCUUGCCCCACAAGGCAUUCUGUGACAUUGGGUAGGGAUUGCUCGAGUAGGGAACUCUUGCUAGGGUAGGAAAUGUCUUGCUGAUGAUGCCUUCACGGGCGAAAUCGAUACGAGACGGCUUCUACCUUCACUUGAGGUACUUACUCUCUUGCAUUUCCCUACACACUAGGCUCCAGACUUGUGUUUUUUUUUUCUUGCUUUCCUAGCUUCUCACUUUGCCUAGGACUUGCACAGUUUGUGGCCGUUUGAGAGCCUCGUGUUGCUCUCUAACGGCGGUAGUGUUGCGUAGGUUAGCGCCGACGAGUAGAGUAGCUCAGAGGCUCGUGCAUUGGCCUUCUCCCAGGCUAGGUCGUAGUCUCUCGCUCUACGUUCGGCAGGGUUCGCCUCGCUUUAGUCACCCUUUUCGCUAGCGACUCUGGAGUCCGG